UCGUUCCGCAUGGUCAUUCUUCCAAAACGAAAAAUGGCGUACAAACCUUACGAAAAGCGUCACAGGGAUUUGCAGGAAGAUGUGCGUCCUCCAAACAGCAGACUGUUUGUUAUCUGUGGGAAGGGAGUCAAAGAAGAAACAUUCAAAGACGCGUUUGAAGAAUAUGGAACGAUCGAGGACAUAUGGGUCGUUAAAGAUAAACGGACGAACGAAGACAAAGGUGUGGCUUACAUCAAGUUCUCCAAGUCAUCAGAGGCUGCUCAUGCUAUGGAAGAGAUGAAUGGUAAACAGUUGGAAGGCUCACCCAAACCAAUAAAGGUUCUCAUUGCUAGCAGUAAAAGGGAAGGAUCUGUGCGAGACCCGAAGGAAGAUGAGAAACUGCUAAGGUUGUUUGUUAUUGUUCCAAAGUCGUAUACACGUGAUGACCUGAAAAAAGAGUUUGAGAAAUAUGGGGAUGUUGAGAGUGCGACAUUGGUGACAGACAGAGUAUCUGGGGAGUGUAAAGGCUUUGGUUAUGUGCGUUAUCACAGGGCCUACCAUGCAGCCCUGGCAAUGGAGACUUGUGACCCAUCAUUUAAGCCAAAGUUUGCUGACCCAAAGCCUACCAAGGAUGACUUUGAUAGUCACAGUCGACGAGAUCGUGGGGACAGAGACAGAGACAACAUGUAUGGAGGGUAUCAAGGGGGAUAUCGAGACAUGAUGGGAGGAGGCUACAACUCCAGAGGGGACAGAGGCAUGAAAAGAGGCUACCAAGAUAUGGGGAUGUCUCGGUUUGAGAUGGGGCGUAGUGGCAACAGAGAAGAGUAUGGAGGUGGAGGUGGUGGUGGUGGUAGUGGUGGAGGAUAUUACCAGGAGCCAAGCAGAAUGCAAGUUCCACCCUCCCAGCCCUUGUUACCUAUGGGUAGCAAUACAUCACAGCCUGGACCCAUGGAGAUGCUGCAAUCAUACCAGAGUCAUGGCAGUACACGACUCCACAUCACUGCACCUAUCGGUCUCACCCAGGGCUAUCUGACACGCCUGUUCAGCCUCAUUCCUGGUCUCGAGUACUGCGAUCUGAAUGAAACUACAGGUGUAGCAUACGCAAGAUACACUACCGGGCAGUGUGCUUCUUAUGCCCGUGACAAACUUGACGGAUUUGAGUACCCUAUUGGCAGCCGACUGAUGGUGAGGUUUGCUGAUGGACCAAGCACUGCAGCACCAGAGCCCCAGCAGGACAUGAGCGGUGGCUAUGAUAGUUAUCGUGGGUACUGCGCAGCCCGUCCAGAUCAACAUAAAGCAGAAGACAUGAUUCAAAGAGCUUUUUUACAGGCAGCUCUGAUCCUGGAGAAGGCCGGAAUAAACCCUGACCGGGUGCUGACUGGUAACUCGGGGGCAGGUAUUGGUGCAGUGGGUGGGGACAUGGAGAGGGUAGCGUACACAUCUAUCCCCCUCCCUUACCCACAGUCUAUGAAGCCAGAAGACACAGAGGUCGUACAGAGACUUUUCAUUGUCUGCCAGCCCUCCGGCAUCCCAGAGAAAGUAUUACGGGACGCUUUCUGUAGGUUUGGAAAUCUCAUCGACGUCUACCUACUGCCAGCUCGUAAUUAUGGCUAUGCAAAGUUUGCAUCAAAAGACUCCGCAAUGCGUGCUAUCCAAGUGUUACAUGGCCAGAAUCUGGCUGGGAAUCGUCUGAAGGUGCUGGAGGCAGAGCCGCCUAAAAAUGAACACAACGACAGCACAGGUGAUGAGGAACCAAAACGACCCCGCUACUGAUUGAGCCGACUGACCGCUCCCGACGCUGAAUUAACUGACCAUUAGACUUGAGGACGACCGAAACGAACCGGACAAAAUUCUGUUGGAGCAUAACUGACUUCCCAGGAUGGAGACAGCGUCAUUUGAUAACGAAACUUACAAAGGACAAAACUACAGAACAUUUUUCUUGAUUGACUCUCUUGGAUUGUCAAGUUCUUGACUUUUGUCGACAGCAGAGUUGACUAUUGUCGACAGAAGGCUGACAACAAUGAUGAAAGACUUUCUCUAUUGUUUUAAAUAUAGUAAAUUUAACUAUUUAGAAGUAUAUGGAAGAAAGCUGACAUAUAUUGUAACCAACGAAUACAAAGUUGACUACAUCAAAAGAUUGUGUUGAAAAGACUUUGUAGACAUGCCAAAUUACAAAUGAUGUAUUUUACUGAAUUUUGACUUGAUAGACUGGAAGAUCAAAAAUAAUUCUAAUGUUGUAUUCAGUUACAAGGGAAAGAAAUUUGGGAAGAUAUUGUCAGCAAAUAAAUCAUCUGAAGACACCAAUUUUUUUUAUACAUUCAGGACAUUUUUAUAUGAAAUGUCCUUUAAUCCAUAAAUCUUUAUAUAUAAGUGCUUCCCUGAAUAAAAAAAAAGGCCUCCAAUGUCAGGAUAUUGGCCCAUACCAUGCUGGGAUGAAGGGUUAGUAGUCUACAAAUUUAGUUUGUUUAGAUGAAUAAACUAAUUUCAUUGGAAUAAAGAGAUAUUCAGCUUAGCAUUCACCUAAAUCACCUUGGUAUAAGUAACAGGUGGGUAAUACAGGUCCAUUGUACCUCUUGUUACAGUUAAAGUUGUGUUAUAAAUGAUAUUGCAUUUUAAAUGUAUAUGUUAGGAAUGUCCAUCAACAUUUUUAUUCGAACCCAUAUGAAUGUCAAGCAAAUAUUGGUGUUAGGGAAAGAUUAUUGUUAUGUUUAAGAUGGGGAAAUAGGACCAGAAUUUUACCAAUUUGUCAUUCAGGACCAACAUAGUUUAAAGUGUGAUGUUAACGUUGCAGCCCAGAAUAAGCUUGUGAUUAAUGUUAAUCUGAAUCUACUUUAUAUGUUUAGACACCAUUGAUCAUUGAAAACAGUAGCUUCAUUGUGAAACAGUAUCGCUUCUUGAGCAUUUGGGCACAAAAACAUGGAGCUGUGUUUUCUUGUGGCUUAUUCUGGAUCCUUCUCGGACUUAAUAUCAUUUUGUUGUCAAGUUGCAUUUUAUUUUGUACAUGUUAUCAGUGUUUUUUUUCCAAUCUAUGUAACAUUUCCUCUGUUGUGUAUUACUCCAUGUCAUCUCUGUAGAUUGAUUUAAUGUUGUACAAGUAGGUAACCCAAGCAGUGAUGUCCGUGCAUCCUUCAGGCUGUCUUUAGAUACAGUAAGCUUAAAGAAACUCCCUGAGAUGAUGUCAAAGAUAAAAAGUGAGAAAUUCAAAAGGAAUUCCACAGACUUACUGAUGACAGUGUAGUAUUUGGCUCGAUCCUGUGUGAAUCCAUCAUGCAAUGAUGCUUUGGUAUUUGUUAGUUUGCAUACAAUUCGAAAUUGAAAACAAGAAACAUUUAACAGAUGACAUAUCGUCUUGUGACUUGAUAGUUUGUGCUUUUGAUGUACAUUGAAAGUUAAUUCAUUCUUUAUCUCUUGAUAUUUGUGCUAAUUUGAGUACAUUAAUAAAAUUUCAUGGAUGACUGA